AUGGCGGCGCCCAUGAGAACGAGUACUGAUGUUCCUUGUGAAGAUUUUAUGGGAUUUCAGGAAGGCUUAAAGAAGAUGCGAUUAAUAGAUGACAGGAUAACUAAUGCUCUCAAUACUUCAGUGCCCACUAUCUCAUUCUCUAAUAAAGUUGAUGGUACCAAGCAGUGCAAGCAUUUGUAUGAACAGCUCAAUGCUUCAUAUGAUGACAGAGAACAGAGAAUCAAACAUUGUUUAAAAGUAACCUCAGAAAAAGUGGAAGAAUUACGCAAACAGAAACAACUCCAUGGAGAUGAUUUACAAGUGGCCAAAUUAUUAAGAAAAGAACAAACAAAGUUGAGGCUUAUGCAGGGAGAACUUGGUGUAGAGGGCAUCAUUAGAGAGAGAAGUCUAAAGCUAUUUUAUGAACGCUGUAGAGAUUAUUAUAAACCAACUAGCAGCAAGGCUCCAUUAUGA